AUGAAGAAAGCACCAGCCCUCCAGACGGUUCGGACAAUCGCAAUCCUGGUCGCCCUCGCCUCACUUGGUGCGCCCGCGUCCGCCGCGCGCACGCUGCAGCAGGUUCAAACCACUCCAGUCAGCUCCACACAAAAGCCCGCGUCGUUGAUUUUUGAGACCGCCAGCCCCACUGCGAGACCGGGCGUCGGGAUCCUAGGCGGCACAGCCAGUCAACUGCCAACUUUGCACGCUUGCCCCACAGAGACUGGGUUCUUGCCGUUGGCAACCAGGACCGAGGCAGGAGCUACGCGGUGUGCCAAAACGUACCCUAGGGCCGAGAUGUGGGGAGCCGUUCUGAUUCCUGGUUAUAAUACGGACGACACGCGGACGGAAGCGUUCGCGCUCGAGAUGGAGCCCAACCAUCAGCUGAACGGCGCCAUCCUUUCGAGCUGCUACCAGCGAAUUUCUGGCGGCAAUCGCCGGCGGAGACACGGACGCUGCCAUGUGUUCGACGUUUCGUGGACGCUUCCUGUGCCGGAGUACGACUAUAAGUCCAUGUGGACCCUUGAAAUGAUUGUCCGAGCGGAAACGGACACAAAAGUGGUCAAGUUCGGCACCUACUGGUCCCUUUGGCAGGAACCGUACCUCCUUUACUAUGUAGAGGACGUCAGCAUCGCAAACAAGGAAUAA